UCUAAAAUAUACCUUAAACGACAGUAGAUUUCCAAAGGAAAUGAACUAUGAAGUCAACUACAUGGACUAAACGAUGAACCAGGUGGUAAAACGCAACAAAAUAGCUGAAAUUGUGCUAAAUACGCCUCUAUGUUAGUUUUAUUGCAGAGUCCACUUGGCGGCGCUUUGUACAUCCCCGAUGCUCAAAAUGGCGACUGUAAGCAGCAAUGAAGCUCAGGACGAGAAAGAAAUGCUGCUAAAGAAGGAAGAAGGGCUGGAGAUGCUGGCAGAACCAGAGAGCACGAAAAAGAAAGAGUGCAAACUGGUUCUGUAUCACUGGACUCAGUCUUUCAACUCGCAGAAGGUGAGGCUGGCGAUUGCUGAGAAAGGUCUGAAAUGUGAGGAGUAUGACGUGAGUUUGCCGCUGAGUGAACAUAACGAGCCCUGGUUCAUGCGCCUGAGCCCCACGGGAGAGGUUCCUGUACUCGUCCACGAUGACCAGAUCAUCUGUGAGCCCACCCAGAUACUGGACUACCUGGAGCAGACCUUCCAGGAUGAGAAGACUCCGAGAUUGAUCCCAGAGUUGGGCAGUACGUACUAUCACAGAGUUCAGCACUACAGAGAACUGCUGGACUCGCUGCCGAUGGACGCAUACACUCAUGGCUGCAUCCUCCACCCAGAGAUCACUGUGGACUCUCACAUCCCGGCUUACGCCACCACACGCAUACGUGCACAGAUUGGUAGUAUGGAGUCAGAACUGAAGAAACUGGCUCAAGACAAUCCAGAGCUUAAAGACGCUUACAUCGCAAAACAAAGACGCCUAAAAACAAAGCUGUUUGACCAUGAUAAUGUGAAGUUCCUGAAGAAGAUUCUGGAUGAGCUGGAGAACGUUAUGGACCAGGUGGAGACAGAGCUGCAGAGGAGAGCAGAGGAAACACCAGAGGAGGGCAGUCAGCAGGCCUGGUUGUGUGGGGAGUUUUUCAGCAUGGCUGACGUUUCCCUUGCCGUCACUCUUCACCGGCUGAAGUUCUUGGGUCUGUCCCGCCGCUACUGGGGCAAUGGCGCCCGAGUCAAUCUGGAGACUUACUACGAACGAGUCCUUGACCGGCCCACUUUCCGCAGGGUUCUCGGACACGUCAAUAACAUCCUGAUAUCUGCUGUGCUGCCCACAGCAUUCAGAGUGGCCAAGAAAAGAGCCCCGUCCUUUAUAGGGAUGACUGUACUGAUCGGGAUGCUGGGAGGUGCCACAUAUUUCGCUUUUCACUAUUUCAAAAGGCGCCUGCUGGUGUCCUGAAGCAGCUGCAGUGAUUCACUCACUACCAUUUUACCUAAUGGCCUCAUUGGUUUAAUUAGCAGUCCUAUGCAUACAGUUGUGAAGAAUGUUGCACAUUAAGCACUUUUCACUCAUAAAUGACCCAUCAGUGCUCUGCCCAAAAAUGCGGUCUUUCAUAUUAACCGUUUUCUACACUGGACAAGUUUUAGAGAUGGUUUGCAAAAUCCCCAUUCAUCCCAGGGAUCAUGUGACAAUUUUGUUGAGUCUGACAGGAUUGAGCACCCCACCCAUGCUCACAAAACAAUUAAAUCAUGGUCUGUCAAAAUGUGAGGGUUUUGUUCUGCUUCCAAAUGAAACCUUUAUUCAGUUUGCUGCUGGUAGGCACACAUUCUUAUGGUGGUCCACAGCAAAAUGGGAAAAUUCAAUAUCGGCAUGAAUUCUGGUUCAUCUAGAGGCUUGCCAAGUUUCCUGCUUUAAACUUAAACUCUUUUUCAGGUGCUCGAUCGUUUUUUUGAUGCACAAUAAUGCCAGAUGAGCAAUAAAAUGAUUGCAUUUGAUGGAUCAAGGAUCAUAUUUUUGUGGUUGUGCUAGGCAUAAGCCACCUCCAUGCGUCCUGAUUAUACAUUUUAUCAAGAAUAUAUAUAGAUAGAUUUAUUUAGAUAGAUUUUAUUGUGUGUGCUAAAGAAGCUAGUAAAAUAUGUUGGCUUUUUUGGCACUAAUGGGAGCAAACAUGAAAGAGUGGCAGCAUCCUUGCCAAAUUCCUGACCAAUCAGAGAACGCCCACGUGUAUAAUUGGGUCCAACCAAAUUAAAAAGAUGCAAUUUUACAAUGAUUCAAAGUCAGUGUGGACAUUAGAAAACAAAUUAGCUGUGGAAACAGCCUUAGUAUCAUAAUAUUGUAACCUAUUCUAACAGUGUGGCCUUUCACACACAUGCAAAGUGAAUACCAUGAAUUACUCACUCUAAAUGUAGGUAUUGUGAUAUAAACGGAGUCGUGUUCUACAGUUUCUCACUAUGUUGAAUGGGAUUUUAACAGUGUUCUGGAAAGCUUGUCCAGUCUAGCAGCAGUACAUAUGAAAGAACACAUUUGUGGAUGGAGCCUGGAGAGGAUAAUUGAGCAUGUGUUUCAAUAGAAGACAGCAGUUAACAGUCAAAUGGGAUAAAACCAUCAUGGCUUUUAACAGCUUGGUCAGUUCUGCUUUGUGUGCCAUAUUCUUUAAUGUAAAAGGCUUCUUUUGUUUGCACUGGUUUUCCAUCUUACUUUGUGGUGACACUGUAUAUAAAAUGACUGUGAUCUUAUGUAUGCUUAAAUUUAAAUGAUUUUAUAUUAUGACAUAGAAUACAUUUCUCUGUCACUCUUGUUUAUUGAGGAUAAUAGAUACACAUUACACAUCAGUCUGUAUGCUGUAUUGCAUAAAUUAAAUAUAAUAAAAUACAUUUUAAUGUUA